GAGAAAGAGCACAUCGCGGUGGAAGAGGAGCGUUUGGUGUGGGGAGACAUCGGAGACAAUGAAGAGAUACAGAUUGCCAUUGAAGAGCAGCAUGGCCUGAAUCCACUCUACUCGUCUGCGAACGUCACGUGUCAGGGUGCCAACACUGCGGACUUUGACUUCUUCCCAAG